AAGUAAGUUCUGGUUGUUUUGUUUCUUUUUUACGUAAUAUCAAAGCUAUCAAUUAUUUCAAAAAAGUGUUCUACAGUUUGAAAUUACCGCUCAAUAAACGACAUGUUGCAGCUACGACCAGUGCUUAAGAACAGUAUUCGGGUCCUGCCGUACGUCCAACCAAUGUCGACCAUACCAACUCCCCAGGUAGACCUAUCAGUCGAUCAGGACGGUAUCGCAACGUUGACCCUACAGCGGCCCCCAGUCAACAGUUUGAACCUAGACCUCGUCCUGGAGAUAAACAAAUCUCUAGAUGAAAUCGCUAAAAAUAAAUAUAAAGGAAUGAUACUGACUUCGGCAUCACCAGGCGUAUUUUCAGCUGGCAUAGAUCUCGCUGAGGCGUACAGGCCUGAACGAGCAAAGGUUGAACAUUACUGGACAACCAUGCAGGAUGUCUGGAUUAAACUCUUCAGCUCAGACUGCAUUACAACUGCUGCUAUUAACGGGCACUCGCCGGCCGGUGGCUGUCUCCUAGCAAUGUCCUGCGAAUACCGGGCGAUGGUAGACGGCUUCAGGAUAGGACUGAACGAGACCGCUAUAGGCAUGGUCCCGGCAACCUGGUUUAUCGAUUCCAUGCUUAACACUAUCUCCAGAAGAGAGGCUGAACAGGCUCUGACCAGUGCCAAACUAUACAAGGCUGAAGAAGCGUAUAAGGUGGGACUCGUUGAUGAUUUAGUAGCAGACAAAGAAGAAGCUGUAGAAAAAUGCAGGCAAUUUAUUAAAAAGUUCGACAAAAUCCCAUCGUUUGCUCGCGUCUUGACUAAGCAGAAAGUGCGCGAAGGUCCGCUUAAAAGACUGAUAGACAACAGGAAACUGGAUCUCGACACCACAACCAAUCAUCUUCUAGAAGAAAGAACGCAACAGGAAAUUGAAACGUAUUUGAAACGCUUAAGUUCAAAGGCUAAAUAAACAUAUUAAUUUAA